GAUUCUGUGAACUGCUCAAUGUAGAAGCACGCUGUGCUGAGCCUUCGUGCUGCCUCCAGUAGCACAUCAGCUUGGUAAAGCCUGUGUCAACGUAGUGAUCCAGCAGCACUGCCAGAACUGCCACACACUUGGUGUACUGCGCUGGGAAACUUGUAGCUGUGGUGCUGGUAAGCUCAUGUCCAAAAGCAGCAGUGCCUGUGUGCUAGGACGGGCUCUGUGAAGCUGCCCUAACAGCACUAGCUGUGUGUUUGCUGCCUGUGAACGUUUCUUUAACUGAGAUGAUAAAGCAGCACGGCUUGGCACAGCUUCAGCAUGUAAGCAAAAAUUGGGCAUCUCAAUAUAGUAUCAAAUGAGCGAGAGGUUAAUGGCACCCCAGAAGUGUAAAUGUAUCCCCCAGACGCUGAUUAAAACAAGGAUGAGCUUCUGAAAAUUGGACCAGCUUAGAGUAGUCAUGUAAGUCUACAGUCAAAGGCAUUUCAGUAUAAAUGAAGUUGUUUGGGGUAUUAUAAUCAUGAGUAAGAACAAUGCUCAGAAUAGUCUUUACUGUUUGGGUAUUUUAUGAUAACAAAAGCAGCCUGGAAAGAAGCAGUGCUGUAUUCAACACAGCCAGGGAAUACUUUCAAUCCCCAGUGUUCAUCUUAACUCUUUAUGUUUUAUGUCUCAGAAGAAUUAAAUAUAAUUAUGCAUUUCUGUAAUGCUUUAUUUACAGUUCCCUUGUUCUGCUUCUUUUCUCUGUUCCAAUUUCUUUUUCAAAUGGAAAAGAUCCAGAGAUGGAGAAUCAGCAAGAUUAAAUGAGUGGAAAGAAUGGCGUACAAGAACAGAAUGUAACUGUUAAUCUUGUUUAAGAUAAGGUUAAUAGGAACAAAUUUACUUAAAAUAGUAUUCAAGUAGGGAACAUACACGGAACACUCAGUAACUCUCUGCCAGUGACAGUGAAUGUAAACUGAAUGGCAAUAAGUGAUGCAGGGGGAUACUUGCCUAGCUGAGCAAGGAAAUCAGCUUUCAAAGAGGUAAGCAGCCCCCGAGUAAUGGGGAGGUGUUGCUUAUGUGUAUUCUCAUGGUUAUGUGUAUCAUUUUUCAGUAUAGCUGGCAGCCAGUAACUGAUUAGAUGCAGCCCCAUAGGCUGGCUGCUGGCUCACUCUCAUGGUGUGCAUGAGAAUAAAUGGCUUGGAUUUAGUCAUUUUUUCAUGACCUAAGUCUCAAGGCUCACACCAUACUUAUGGCUCCAUAUGUUUAUGCUGUGUACAGAACCCCUCCUAGAAUUCUCUUAGUAAAGAGAUACAGAGAUGAAGAAUCCAACACACUGAGGUUCACAUCAGUGUUCUUCUCAUCAAGUCUCCAUUUUACAAAUAUUUUCAACCUGCUGGUACCUUAAUUCAGUAUUAAAUUGCAUUUGGAAAUGCUCUUCCUUGACAUUUCCAUGAAAGAGUUCCCAUUUAUCUGUGGCUUUUUGCCUCUGUCCAACAAGAGGAGCAGUUUCCAAGACCCGCUCACUUCAGUUUUCAAUUUUCAAUACAGCACCAAAGCGGUGGGAAACCACACAGCUGUUUCUGUUACGUGACCUGCUUUCAUCUGUGUGGGCUUUGUUCUGGACUCCUGGAAGCUGACAAACUUCUUUAGGUUUGCAGCACCCCCAGCUUUGCCUGGAUCUGCUGGAGCGAAGCACCCGGUGCUGCGACACCUCGAAAUGAAAUGAACGAGUGAAACACGGCACAGCCUGUGAUCAAAUCCCUGCGCCAGCAGCCAUCAGAAGGAGGCGGCCAUCCCGAAGGAGAGCUGCUGGGCCGGGGGAUGCCUGAAGACCAGCAGAGCACGGAGCAGAUCUCAUCCAGCGCAGCCCUCAGACCUGCGAGUGAAGGCUGGGUGCCUGCGGGGCCGUCACCUCCUUCCGCCCGAGCCGCGUCCUUCCCUGCUGACGGGCAGAGCCCCGUAAAAGCUGCCCGCUGCCUCCCGCGUCCGUAUUCCUUAAGGCCAAGCGCUCUGCCUGUUUCCAAAAGCACAGAAGCCAUGCCGUCUUUCUGACACCGCCGGUCUGCGUUCGCCCUCCGUCUGUGCGCGCUGUUACAGCCGAGACCGCAGGCACUGCAUCACACGCACCCGGCAGCAGUACGGGGUGUCAGACGGACGCGAGCCGCGGUCCCGCAGCGCGCUCCCGAAGGGGCGGUGCGCGCCGCCAGCCGCGGCCAUCUCGUGGGGCGCCGCGCUGCGGGACCACAGCGCCCGGCAUGCCCCGCGGCCGGCGGACCGGCGGGAGGACUACAGCUCCCGGCAUGCCCCGCGGCGCGCGCGGCUCCAAGAUGGCGGCGCCCAGGGACGGCUCGAGCACGGACAGCGGCUCGGAUUCGGAGAGCAGCGGCGGGGCGGCAGCGCGGUUCCGGGAGGCGGCCUGGGACUGCGGGAAGCAGCAGGCGGCGGGGCGGGCGGAGCCGCGAGGCGGCGGAUUUCCAAAGGAUCGGCGGCAGGCUGCUCGGCCCAGCCUAAGACGUGAGGUGAAUGACCAUGAUGAGGAUGGAAAUGAGCUACAGACCACACCAGAGUUCAGAGCACACGUUGCAAAGAAACUGGGAGCAAUGCUGGACAGUUUCAUCACUGUCUUGAAGGAUUCAUCAGGACCUUCAUCAACUUGUGUGCGGCAGUCUGACUGUGGAGAUAAUGGUUUUCGCCUCUUCUCCUCCUCUGUCCCAGGAGGCUGUGGGCAAUCAGAGCAGAGCCCUGCCCCGAGGAGGAGACGGCCACCUAGUUCCAGUGACUCAGACAGUGACCAAGAGUGGCAAAAGUACCAGGAGGCUGCUGUGUCAGCAGCAGACGUUCUGAAGCAAAGUGCUUUUCCUGCACUGUCCCAGGAUUCCAGCCAGAGUAUGUGUCAGGGUUAUGUGGAGCACAGACAGAAGAAAAAGAAGAAAAAGAAAAUCAAGGGAGAGAACAAAACUGAAGAGAAAAUAAUAGACCCAGCAGAGUGUGACCAGGUCAGCAGAGAUCUGCCACGGUUGGUUUCUGCAAAUGGACAACACAAGAGACAGGACAGCAAUCAUGCAGAUAACAACACAGUGUCACUGGGAGCUGUAAAGAAGAAGAAAAAGAAGAAAGAGAGAGAAUAAAUGCUUUGCUCUGCAAACGUGCAGGUGAUUGUGAUGAAUGAAGGAUGCUGGGAAAAAACUAAUGGAGUUACUGCAGAUGAGGGAGAACUAAUUUGCAGAGCUUUUGUUCUAAAAGCUCUGUGGCCUGGGAGUCUAAUUAAAGUGACUUCCUAUGUUGUUGACCUCCCUUGGGGAGCAUUUUUCUCCUAGCACAGCAGUUAUCUGUGCUGCUGUUUGUGCAGUCCUAGCAUGAAAGGAUUAAACACUCUACACAGACCAGUGUGGUGGAGGGAUGUAAUCAUAGCUGCAUCCCUUCUGAUCUGUUCUCUCACAUGCUGAAACCAAAUCUUGUCUCCUGGAGAAAGCAUACGAUUAAUUGAACUUAGUUUACAUGGCAACAGGUGGUCAACUUCUUUUUUGCUUCGAUUUGCCUAUGGGAAACUCAUUUAUUGAAAAGCAUCUAGCAGGUGUUAGUCCCUGCCCCUUCCAUUUUUUUGCCCCCUCUAUGAUUAUCGUAACGAUCUGCUGUUGAAACCUGCCGUGUUACUGAUCCCUCUGUAGUCCACACCUCUCCAGGGCCCCUGCAAACAAAGAUAAUGCAGGGAGCUUAUUUUGAGGUUGUUAAAAACAAGCAGUUCUGCUGUGUCCUUCUAAAUUUCUCUUGGAAUGUUUUCUGGGCUAUUUUUUUUGUUAUUAAAUUCUUAUUCACUAUUAGUCUUAUUUAAUUUGGCAGGUUUGUGGGACAGCAGCUUUCUUGCUGUUAAACAGUUCCCCCAGUAGAGACAAAACAGGCUGAAGAUGGCUUUUAGUUUGAUUGCUGAUCAAUGCUGAGAAAUCGUUACAGGAAAUACUUAAAUCUCACAUGCUAAGUUUCAGACCUUCUUUUGGUUCACUAUGACUUUUGUACUUUUUAGCAUAGCUCUCAAUCUGUUUGUUUCAGCUGCAGUAUUCCUAGAAACAACCUGUUAUUUGGAUCAAUACUCUGCUCCUGUUGAGUUUCGGUAGGUCUAAUUCAUUGGCUCUAUUCAGGAGACCUAAAAGCUGGAUUAGAGAAACCAAAGUAGUGCACUGAUGCUCUUUGAACCAGAUGUUUUCCUUCCUACUGUAAGAUCCUUGCUGUUUGUCACUCAGGAGAACACACUUGGCAUCCAAAAAAAUGGAAAGACUAGAAAAUUGGCUUGGAAAUAAUCUGGACGUGACCAAAAUUAUUUGUUUUAUGGCCAGUUAAAACUUCAGUAUACUGAAGCUAGCACCUAGAAUGUCAAAUGCAUAACAUUUUUUGCCUUGUUUUAUACGGUUUUUUGUUUCUGCUUUUUCUGAAUGGAAGUUAAAAUUGAUUUGCAAGUAAUGCACCUGGGAGAUUAAGAAAUCAUCCUUGGAUAAAAUUCCUCAGAGAACCUAGUUACCAGAAUUAAUUUCUGGUGCUUGGUGGUAUCUAGAAGAAGCUCUUACAGGCACAAACUGUUACGUGUUAUCUGCAAUACUGAAAUUUCCAGGUAUGAUAACUAAAGAGUUCACUGUUUUUUAAUAUUCCAUGUAUCUUAAUUUGUUAAGAGGCUUGAGCAUGUUCUAUUGUCCUGCUCACAGUAGAAAGAACAGCUCUAUCACAAUGGCAAAAACAUAUUAAUUGGGGUUUUUCGUAUGGCCUAUCAGUGAUAUAAAGAUUCAGAGUAAAUAAAAAAGAGGGGAAUAAUUAGAAGAGGAAUUAUGUAAGUAGAAAGUUUUCAUUUAGUGCAAAUAAGGCUUUUAGACUCUAGGGGAGUUAUUUUCAUAUCAGGAACUACAGAAUCUAUCCUACAAGGAAGGCAGGAGUGAACAGUGUUCUAUAAAAUCCAUCCAAAUUGACAUUGUCAUAGAGAGCUGAGGGAACUACUGCUGUCUGUGGAGCCCUGCUGGAUGUUGUGCAGUGUCAGGGACCUGUGGAGAAUGCCACCCCCGGGUCACUCAGCAGAAUGUGUGAGAUAUGAGGAUCCACGUGGUUAAUGCAGAGAGCUGAAGUCUCCUUGCUGCUGUUAAACUUUAAUUUCUGCAUUUAAAACAAAGCAGAGCUAUAU